GUGAACAAGCGGAUUCAGACGAGGUACUGUAAGGAAUAAGGAUAAUUUAAUUUUGCCACGGAUAUCAAUAGACCUUUCCCCUUAUAACCAAAAUUUUGAUCUAGGCAAGUCUAGACAAAUAUUUCAUCACAGCUUGAAAGAGCAUCACAAAAUUAGUAAUAUUCCAAAGUUUCGUUGCGAAAUGUUGUAAAAUGAGGAAAGUAGAGCCUUGCGAAGUUUGCAAUUUUCAGUCAUUUUGCAUUACAAACGGGAAAUUGCAGUCCCAACACCCGAAUCGUAUGUCAAUUUCCCGUUUGUAAUACAAAAUGAUUGAAAAACGGCAAACUUCGCAAGGCUAUAUUAUCCGCAUUUUACAAGAUUUUACAACAAAACUUUGGAAUAUUACUAAUUUUGUGAUGCUCUUUCAAGCUGUGAUGAAAUUUUUGUCUAGAUCGAAAUUUUAGUUAUAAGGGGAAAGGUCCAUUGUAUACUAGUUGUUUCAUAAUGAUAAUAUAGUUAGUUUUAAAUAGUCAAUAUGUACACCAUAAAGUAGAUAUUGGUGACAAGGAGGCAUCCGGAAACCAUAGCGCUUGUAAAUAGGAUGUCUCCUUGGACACACGUAAAAAUCUCACAUCUUGUAACAAGUCUGCCAACAAGCCGUCAACAAGUUGUGUUCGCACUGCUUGUCCCAAGUUUCAGCAAGUUUGGACAAGCUGUUAACAACUUGUAACAAGCUUGUUGAUAUUAUCAGACUUGUUGCGAGGUUGUUCCAACAAGUCCGAUACAGUCAUGAUAUAACAAUAUUGUUACAACCUUGUAACAUUCUUGUUAUAUCAUGACUGUAUCAAACUUGUUCGAAUAACCUCGUAACAAGUCUGAUAAUGGCAUAAGCUUGUUACAAGUUGUUAACAGUUUGUUCCAAACUUGUUACAACUGGAAACAAGCGGUGGGAACACAACUUGUCGACAGCUUGUGAACAGACUUGUAACAACUUGUUUGCAGAUCUGUAACAAUUUGUGCGUUUUUACAUGUGUAGUACUGUAUAUUGUUAUAACUUGUUAUAAAUAAAGUGUGGUGGUAAAGGGUCUAGCCAGUUGUGAGGUUGACCCUUGCCUAGUUUCAAGAUUUUCUCAGACUUAUUUUCUUAUUUAGUUUGAACAAGAAGAUUAUGAGAUCCCAGAUACAUCAGAAAUACCAAAGAAAGGUCAGUCUUCAAUUUCUUCUCGUACACACGCAAAAAUCUUACAUCUUGUAGCAAGUCUGCCAACAAACCGUCAACAAGUUGUGUUCGCACUGCUUGUCCCAAGUUGUCAACAAGUUUGGAACAAGUUGUUAACCAUUAUAACAACCUUGUUGAUAUUAUCAGACUUGUUGCAAGGUUGUUCCAACAAGUCCGAUACAGUCUUGAUGUAACAAUAUUGUUACAAUCUUGUGUCGUCAACCUUGUGACAUUCUUGUUAUAUCAUGACUGUAUUACACUUGUUAGAACAACCUUGGUACAAGUCUGAUAAUGCCAUCAAGCUUGUUACCAGUUGUUAACAGCUUGUUCCAAACUUGUUACAACAUCUGGGAACAAGCAGUGCGAACACAACUUGUUGACAGCUUGUGAACAGAUUUGUAACAACUUCUAGGAAGAACAGUUUAGAACUGAUAGAGCUAUCCAGUAUAAAUAAAGUCAGUUUAGUUUAGGUUUCCUCCUGUAGUAACACUGGAUCAAUAAGAGAUGAUCCUUACUGGACCUCUAGGAAGAACAGUUUAGAACUGAUAGAGCUAUCCAAUAUAAAUAAAGUUAGUUUACUAAUAGUUAAUGUGUAAUUUGGAUACAACCAGCUUCGUUCGGCGCAAGGCGAUCGUUAGUUGGACACAGACUUCCUCAACUCAACGAGAAGGCACUUGCAUCCACCUUUUCUCUAACUCUGUCAAGUGAUUCGUCAGCGUUGCCUAGCAACCGGUUUUAUGGAUCCAGCCUUCCUCAAACUCUGUCGAGUGGUUCGUCAGCGUUCGCUAUCAACGGUUUAUUUGGAUCUAGUCGUCAUACGACUCUGUCAAGUGAUUCGUCAGCGCUAGGUAGCAACCAGUUAUUUGGAUCCAGUCUUCCUCAAUCACAAGCAAGGUUGGUUACUCUCACACAUCAUUCAGCUGAAUCAUCAGUGUUGCCAAGACAACAGUCGGCGGGUUCAGGCGGUCAUGAUACAUUUUCAGUCAAGUCAAGUCUUGAAGAGCCGGUGGCCAGAAUGAAACUUGGCGCGACAGAGGAACGCGAAAAGUCGAAAGAAGAAGAGCCAGAUUUCUUCUCUCUUGCCCAAAGAAAAGGAAUAUCACCAAAGGAGAAACGUAAGCAAUUUUUUACGUUCGUUAUGAAUUAAGAUUUUUAUAGUGCAAAUUUCCAUGUGCAUAUGAUCAAAUGCGCUUUUAAAUCUAGAGUAUUAUAAGCUUACCUAAUUACAUAGUUAGUGUGGACUAUUUUAUCAUGACAACAAUUGUGAUAUUAUUUUUUUAACUUUGUUUAACCCAACCCACCAUCUCAGAGGGGGAAGGCGUUUGAGACCCGUUUCAUUUGAGAGAGAGAAAACUCCUAAUGAUUCAGACAAGAUUUCUGAAGAAAUAUUUUCAAAUUCAUAAACAAGUUAUUGGGAAGUUUGCUUUGAAUUUUAGGUUGACCUAGGGUUAAAGUGCGUCUAACAACUAAUAUGAUUUUUGGUAUGCGCCAUAUUUGAGUCAUUCGAAGAAGAAAUGUAAUAUUUAAGAAAUAGAAAACAUUUUCCGUGUUUCUAUAGAGUUAUAGAAACACGCGUGCUAGUUUGGAAAAAUGCAGUCGUUAUUAAAAGGUUAUUUUAUAAAUCUUUUUAGAAUAUAGCAUUUGUAAAUUCUGAACGCUGAUUGGCUAAUAGCCGUGUUGAUAUAACUCGAUGUCAACACGGGAAAUUUUCCGCCGCUUGUAAACACGGAAAUUGUUCUUAUCCUUCGGGCUUUUGACAUUGCUAUAUUAUAAAAAAAAUAUAAAACAUUUUUUCCGUAUUGAUAUAUAGUUAUAUCAACACCCGUGGAAGUUGGGAAAACUCGAAAUUGUAUGAAAACACUCCGCCCUUCGGGCGUCGUGUUUCCAUACAAUUUCUCCUUUUCCCAAUUCCACUCGUGUUGAUAUAACUGUAUAUCAACACGGAAAAUGUUUUAUAUUUGUUAAAUAAUAAAAAAAUUCAAUUUGGAGUUGGUCACACUUUUAGUCAAUUGGCUUUAAUUAGUAAUAGUAAUAGUAAUAAUAAUGAAAUAAUACUGCUCUAUUUACCGAGGGUAGCACAUAACAGUUUACGCUCAAAAACCUGUGCCCCUCCAACUACUUAAAAUACUAGAGUAUAAGUAUAACUAUAUAUAUGCAUGUAUGUAUACAGUAAGACGUUAAAAAUCUGGACAUUUACAAGUGUUUACGAAAUACCAGUAAAUGGCCAUGUAGUGUAUGUGUUCUAACAUAUUGAAGCAAUGGCAAGAAAAUAGCGAGAAUUACGGGGUCUGUAACUGUUAACUAAGGAAUUGAAAUAAGCCACAAUUGAAAUAAAAGCGUGAGUUAGCGUGGUUUCUAUUUACUAUUAAACACGUGGAGGUUAUCAGAUAUAAAACACGAGCGCGCAGCUCGAGUGUUUUAUAUCUGAUACAGCACGGACUGAGGGUGUUUUAAAUGGCUUAAAAAACGACCCAUCUCUGAUGAGUACAUUAGUGAGGUAAUUUUUAAUUUAAAUUCUCUCUAAGUCCAGAAAAUCAAAGCUAAAGUUUAUGUAAAUGAACAUAUGAUUUUUUAUCACAUAUAAAGCCACCCACACGGAUGGUUUUAUAUCUGGUUUUACAUGAUAAAAAAUUUCUCAUGUCUUUUCCUCAUGAAUUAUUGAUGAGUGUUUUAAAGGAAUCUCGGCGUUUCCAUCUGAAUGUUAUAAUAUUUUCAGCAGACGAAGAAAGUGUAGUAAAGAGACAAGCAAAAGACAGACCACAAGAAGAACGAUCAUCGUCAGUUUGUGUUGAACCAAAACCUCCAAAACAGCAGCAGAUACGAGCUCAAGGUUUUUCAUUUGACAUGACAGCACGUCAGCUAGAAGCACAACUUGAAACGGCAUCCUCGACUUAUUAUGAUGUUGUUCCUUCAUCACCACAGUUGGUCUACGACGUACUGCCACCUCAGGCAUGCUACGACCUAUCUUCUUCCAAAACGUUAUCUGGAGGAGAAAGUGAUGACUCAGAUCUUGACAUGGCAUUUGAUUUAUUUCCAGACUCACCAAGCUCAUAUUUAGUGGAAAAGGAUACAUGUAUAUCUCGUGCACAACCAAGACAUAGCGAAGUGCCUGGAGGUCUGGGGAAGACCACAGUAUAUGGGAGUGAUGAUAAACAUGUACCGCCCGAAUCACCUCCACCACUUCCCGUAAAAUCAGCCAGAAUAGCAGUCAAAGCAAAACCAUAUAAAUCUACCCCUCAAUUAUCCAUCACGCCUGAGGCAUCUCCCCCUGAAUCAACUGUUAUCCCACCGCAACUCCCACCUAGAAAACCUAAAAUUCCCGAAACACCAGAUGAAUCAAUUAUUAUCCCCAAACCACGCCCGCGUGCACCCCCACGUAAAUCAGCUAGUAUCCCUCCACCACCACCUUUACCUCCUAACUCCCUGUCAUAUAAUGCUUCUCCCCCACCCCCACCGUCAGUACCCAGACCAUGCACGAUGAGUAUUAUGGGCUCUCUCAAAUCGGGCUCUGCCCCACGUGCAUCCAGAAAAAAAUUAGCCACCAAUAAAAGAUCUAGUGGCCGAGUUCCGCACGAUGAUCAAAAAUCACAAGUUACAGAACAAGGUAACUAAACUUUAAUUCACAUUUUUCUACAUGGGAUUAUUUGACAACGAAACAUUCUGAUCGGUGGAUCAUGACUGGAUGGCAUUGAGAACAGCGAGAUUCUCAAAACAAUGAAAAAAGCUAGACAACAUUCUGAUUACUGGGAAACUCGUAUUGUAUCUAUAUUGUUGUAUUCUUUUUUUCAAUGUUUUUUUACAGUUUAAAAUAAUGUUGUAUUUUCAGAGCAUGAAGUAAUUCUUAUGUUGGGAAGUAGUGCAGCACUUGAGAAAGCUUCUGACACGUCUGAGGCAAAAAUGAAAGAACAAAAGGCCAAGGAAGUGAGCUACGGAUUGUCUAUACUGCAACAUGAGGUUAGAUUAUUCUUCUCGUUACACCUAACUUUAUUUAAACUUUAUUUAUACUGGAUAGCUCUAUCAGUUGUAAACUGUUCUCCCUAGAGGCCCAAUAAGGAUCAUCUCUUAUUGAUCCAGUGUUACUACAUGAGGAAACCUAAACUAAACUAACUUUAUUUAUACUGGAUAGCUCUAUCAGUUCUAAACUGUUCUUCCUAGAGGUCCAGUAAGGAUCAUCUCUUAUUGAUCCAGUGUUACUAGAGGAGGAAACCUAAACUAAACUAAUUUUAUUUAUACUGGAUAGCCCUAUCAGUUCUAAAUUGUUCUUCCUAGAGGUCCAGUAAGGAUCAUCUCUUAUUGAUCCAGUGUUACUACAGGAGGAAACCUAAACUAAACUAACUUUAUUUAUACUGGAUAGCUCUAUCAGUUCUAAACUGUUCUCCCUAGAGGUCCAGUAAGGAUCAUCUCUUAUUGAUCUAGUGUUACUACAGGAGGAAACCUAAACUAAACUAACUUUAUUUAUACUGGAUAGCUCUAUCAGUUCUAAAUUGUUCUUUCUGGAGGUCCAGUAAGGAUCAUCUCUUAUUGAUCCAGUGUUACUACAGGAGGAAACCUAAACUAAACUAACUUUAUUUAUACUGGAUAGCUCUAUCAGUUCUAAACUGUUCUCCUAGAGGUCCAGCAAGGAUCAUCUUUUAAUAAUUAUUGAUCCAGUGUUAAUGUGUUACUUCUUUUGACUCGUCAGGUUCAGUUGUGUCUUUCAUAACUGAGCUCGCAGUUGCAAGGAAGGAUGAUUAGGACAUGAGCUCCCACUUAUUGGUUUGCUAAGAUAUUUUGUUGUUUAGGAUGGUUCCUGGACAUUGCCAGAUUCUUGCUUGGAUAAUUGUAUUGGAAUAGAGACUGGGGCGAUUGAGCGAUUAUUGAUUGAAUGUGGAGCGAAGUCGCUUGGUGAGUUCAAUCACUCGUUAUCUCACCGACGUAAUCUCCACCCUAACCCCAAGAAAUUUGUAUUCUCACUGAUUUAAAAGCAGAACUAGAGCCUUUCAAUUCGAACCUGGCAAUGUAGAAGCCAUAAUAAUCAUAUAAGCUCGAUUUAGACUAUACAACUUUUGCCUAAAACUGUCGCAUGUCAUUGUCAAACUGUCGCAUGAGCAUAAUCGUAAUGAGAUCUGGAAAUCUCGGUACCCAAUUCAUAAUUUUAGAUCACGUACAUGCCUAGUUGCUACUGGUGUUCUAGGUACUGUUUACAACAUGAGCGGCCGUGUCGUACCCUUGCUUGCGAGGUUGGCCGAAGGCGAGAGUUUGUAUAUCCGAUACAACACGGACGCGAAUCUUGUAACGACUUAAAAAACGACUCAUCUUAUGAGUUCAAUUGCGAAGUAAUUUUAAAAAUAAACGCUGUCUAAGCCGAGAAAAUCAAAGUUAAAGUUUAUGUAAAUCAACAUGAAUCUGUAUCACAUAUACAGAUACGACACGCUUAUGAUUUUUCUUUGUGUUUUCUUCAUGAAUUAUUAAUGAGUUUUUUAGUAUAGUUUAAAGAGGCAUAUUAGAAAAAGGUAACUAAGCUUUAGACUGAUGUAAAACAGUUAUUCACUCCAUAGAUAUCACUAGAUAGCGCAUCUCUUUUAGUAAAAUUGAAGCCAAGAAUAUUCCAGCGGUUACCCCCAUUUGAAUAGAUGGCGGCCAUGUUGGAGUUCCCAACUCGCUAAUAAACGCUUAAAAAACAACAAUUGCUUUCAUCAUUUGAAUAGUUUGAAAAUGUAUUUGGAAUAUAGGUUUAACUUAAUGUUUAAGUUCCCUGUAUAAGAAAUAGAAAACAUACGAGUCUUCUCAUUUCAUGGGAAUAUCCUGAGUAUGCAAUCACGGCUUCAAUUUUUUAAUUGCAGAAUAAUUGGAUGUACUAUCUGGUCUAUAUAUAAGAUAGCUAUAUGAUUCACUCAUGCAUGUAGAUAAUUGUAAAACUAAGUCGUUAUAAGUAGACGUUUCCGCUGAUUUCCAGUCGAUAACUAGAGAAUGUAUGGUCAAGCAAUUUUCAGAGUGCUGCUGGACUUCUCUAGAGCUAGAUACCACUAGGUCGAUCGGGUGCGCACCCCUCUGCAAUCCCAGAAUAAUAUGGAAGUAGUUUUCAUAGGCACUUCAACAAACCUGUAUCUUUCCAUUUCCUUAUCUAGGGACUCGUAUAUAUACCAUACUUUGCAAAAUGUUAGCUACAUUACUUGUUCUCGCAUACUUACGUCAUCACAAGCCAGCCGCUUUCCCGCUUCAACUGAAACCGCCAUUUAAAAUGCACGAGAGCUCGGAUGGGUCUGAGGUCGAGUUGCAAGCCAAGGUUGCUAAGGCGCUGACGUGGCUAAAGACCGCUGACAAGUUGGUACCGUGUGCGUGUACUCGACUACAGUUGGGCAACAAUUGGGAGGAAGUGAUCCCGAAGUUAUUGGGAUUGGAGUCACUCAUCUGGGUUUGA